AAAGUUUUUGUAAAACGCAUAGGCAUAGAUUGCAACCGAACGCUUGUGUUUGGAAAAAAAAAACGUCUAUAAAUUAACAGUCGUUUUAACGUUGGUUUUUUUGAAUUUAAUAUAAGUUAGUAAGCUCGUAAUAAUUAACAACAUGCCGGAAAAUACGACAAAUGGAGAACAUCACGAGCCAAGUAAUGGUGAACAUCAAGAGCAUGAAGAGGAAAUAGAUCCUCAUUUUGAGCCGAUUAUUUCAUUGCCUCUGAUUGAAGUUUCUAGCAACGAGGAAGAUGAAGUCGAGAUGCUUAAAUUGCGAGCUAAACUUUAUCGCUAUGACUCAUCAAAUAAUCCUCCAGAAUGGAAAGAAAGAGGAACCGGUGACGUUAAGUUAUUGAGACACACAACAAAACAUACAGUACGAGUUGUAAUGCGACGAGACAAAACAUUGAAAAUUUGUGCUAAUCACUUUAUUACACCUUGGAUGGAAUUAAAACCAAACUGUGGUAGUGAUCGUGCUUGGGUAUGGAGUGUAUUAGCUGAUUAUGCUGAUGAGUUACUUAAGCCAGAGCUACUUGCUAUCAGAUUUGCCAAUGCUGAGCAUGCUUCACUUUGGAAAGAAACAUUUGAAAAAGCUAAAAAAAUAGUUGGCACUGAAUGCGAGAUUUAUGCAGGAAAAAAUCCUGAGGGAGACAAUGACUACACUCACAGCGACUCCUGUAGUUACGAUGAGAGUGACGAGAGCGAUGCCGAGGAUAAGAACACAGUAGACAAUCAAGAAAAAGAGGAAUCUGCAAAAAAGGACAAAGAGAAUAAAGAAACUGAAUCCAAAAAUACAAAUAAAACAAACUCGAGCGCUGAUCAGGUGACUGAGCAGCUUACGAAGCUUGAAGUUAAAGAUACUAAAGAAGAAAAGUAACCAAGGACUUUUUGUAAUCCGUGUAAAUUUAAUAUUAAUUACUUGUAAUGUUAUUAAUGAUAGACAAACAUUCCCGUAUACAAGAAUGGUGCAAAUGAAAAUGUUAAGAUUGCAUGCUUCAGUUCAUUUAUUUUCUAAUUGUUAAUAACUGAUAACAUUUUAAUAAUAAUAAUCACAGACAAUUUUUGAUCCAAGUAUUUAUCUCUUCAUUCAUAUAUAUGUAACGCUUAAUUUAUACGACUCUGCAUACUUAUCUGUGAUUUUUUUCUUUUUUUAUUAAUAUGAUAUCGUAUGACUCACAUGUGAGUGUGAUAGUAAUAAACAAUACAAAGUUUGAUGAUUGAUUGUAACAAUGAAUUUUUAAUUUAAGUAUUUGUACGGCAUUUAUAACUAUUCGAUUUAUAAUCACACUUACUUUGAAAGCUGUUUACUUUUAAAUUAAACAGUGAUUCGAAUAAAAAAUUUCAACUUGUUGCUAUAGAA